GCUGAGAAGAGCAGGGAGCUGAAGAGGAACUCCUGGCCGGGGCGAGGAGGGGGCUUCAGAGACCUCGAGACAUGAGUGGCGGUCCUGGGAAGGGACUCAGGGGUUUCCUGGAGACCUUUUUAGCAUUAUUGGGGGAAUUGAAUGGGAGGGGGAGUCCCUUGGUACCUUGAUCCCGGGAAGUAAAUUCAAUAGUGGGUAGGAGUCCUCAGAGAGUGCUUGCACCUGAGGAUGCGGCUCCAUGAGAACUCUCUCCUUCCCAGGAAGGGGACUCAGGGCUUCGGGCGGGGGUCUCCUGGAGGCAGUUUCAGCAAUGAUGGGCACCUGGAAUGGGGGUUUCUGAGCUACUGGGUUCCCAGGAAGUGAGCCCAGGGCUGGGAGUUUCUUCAGAGACACUCUAUUUAGAAGACAGGGGCUGUACGCUGGCCUGGGGAUCGCAGAGACACCCACCCCCACCGCAGAAACACAUCAGGCUCUGGAGGGGGCUUUUGAUGAAGGUCUCAGAGACAGCUCAUCCUCAGGAGAGGAAAUUAGGGCUCAGGCUCGGGCCAGGUUCCUGAGACACCCGAAGCCCAGGAAGGAUCUCAAGUCUGCAAGUGGCUCCAAAGUUACUUCUGUCAGAAGAGGAGUGUUUAAGACUUGACAGGGGUCCUAGAAAAUACCUCUGGUCCCUAGAAGGGAGAUUAAAGGGGGGGGGGGGUGUCCCCGGGUCCCCUCUGUCCCUGGAAGGGACUCAGUUGGGGAACUAUCUCUGGCCUCUAGUGGGGAUAUUCAGACUUGUGGCAGAGUUCGCAGUGUCAGGGGCUGGGGUCUCUGAGACUGUACCCCACCCCCAGCCCUGUUGAUAGGUUGCAUCAGCUCUGGGCUCUGGCUUGGGGCCCAGGCUGGGAGGAGGGAGAGUAGGGGCAUAGGGGGCAGUAGGGUGACAUGUGUCUCUGUAAGGACUGAGGCCUGGCCACAAGGUAAGGGUAGAGGAAGCGGGUAUGUGUGCUGGGGACUGGGGAAGGAAAGGAACAGACAGCAAGAUGACAGAGUGAGUCUGGGGUCUUGGAGGAGAGGUUAUCCAGCUCCAAAUGGCCAUUUGGUCUGCUGUAGGGAUGGAACUACAGGAUCCAAAGAUGAAUGGAGCCCCCCCUGCGGGGGCUGUGGGCUAUAGGCAGGAACGUGAGAGCUUCCUGCCCACCCAUAGUCCAGCUCCUGGGAGGAAGCCGGCCCAGUUCAUGGAUUUUGAGGGGAAGACAUCGUUUGGAAUGUCAGUGUUCAACCUCAGCAACGCCAUCAUGGGCAGCGGCAUCCUGGGGCUGGCCUAUGCCAUGGCCCACACAGGGGUCCUCUUCUUCUUGGCCCUGCUGCUGUGCAUUGCUCUUCUGUCUUCAUACUCCAUCCAUCUCCUGCUGACCUGUGCCGGUGUUGUAGGCAUCCGAGCCUAUGAGCAGCUGGGACAGAGGGCACUGGGGCCUGUGGGGAAGGUAGUGGUGGCUGCAGUCAUCUGUCUGCACAAUGUUGGGGCCAUGUCCAGUUACCUGUUCAUCAUCAAAUCCGAACUCCCCCUGGUUAUUGGCACCUUCCUGGACAUGGAUCCCGAGGGGGGCUGGUUCUUGAAGGGAAACCUCCUCAUCAUUAUUGUCAGUGUGUUAAUCAUCCUGCCACUGGCCCUCAUGAGACACUUGGGCUACCUGGGAUAUACCAGUGGUCUCUCUCUUACCUGCAUGCUGUUUUUCCUCAUUUCGGUCAUCUAUAAGAAGUUCCAGCUUGGCUGUGCUGUGGACCGCAAUGAGACAGCAGUGGAGAGCAAGAGCCCCCCAGGCCUUCCCAUCCAGGGGCUCAACAGAAGCUGUGAAGCUGAGAUGUUCACAGUUGACUCACAGAUAUUCUACACAGUGCCCAUUAUGGCUUUUGCCUUUGUCUGCCACCCUGAGGUGCUGCCCAUCUACACAGAGCUCUGCCGGCCCUCUAAGCACAGAAUGCAGGCUGUGGCCAAUGUGUCCAUCGGUGCCAUGUUCUGCAUGUAUGGGCUCACAGCCACCUUUGGAUACCUCACCUUCUACAGCAGCGUGGAGGCGGAGAUGCUGCACAUGUACAGCCAGGAAGACCUGCUCAUUCUCUGUGUGCGCCUGGCGGUGCUGCUCGCGGUGACUCUCACUGUGCCAGUCGUACUGUUCCCUAUCCGCCGGGCCCUGCAGCAGCUGCUCUUCCCAAGUAAGGCCUUCAGCUGGCCACGGCAUGUGGCUAUAGCCCUGAUCCUGCUUUUCUUGGUCAACGUCCUUGUCAUCUGCGUGCCGACCAUCCGGGAUAUUUUUGGAGUUAUUGGGUCCACCUCAGCCCCCAGCCUCAUUUUCAUCCUUCCUAGUGUCUUCUACCUCCGCAUUGUACCCUCUGAGGUGGAGCCCCUCUCCUCCUGGCCCAAGAUCCAGGCUCUGUGUUUUGGUGUCCUGGGGGUCCUCUUCAUGGCAAUCAGUCUAGGCUUUAUGUUUGCCAACUGGGCUACAGGCCAGAGCCAUGUGUCUGGACACUGACCAUGCCUUGCUCCAGCCAGGCCCCUGUAUGCCUGUGCAUGUGGAGGAAGAUGAGGCCACUCUCUCAGGUCCCUCCUGCCUGGCGUUGGAGGUGGCUGGUUCCCAUUAACAUGGCUAUCAGAGGCAGGGGGCCACAGAGGCUACAGAGUGGUCCACUGUCCUCCCUCCCAGGGAUGCUGAACUUGGAUCAUGGCCCUAACUCUAACCCUAACUCCACAGAAGGAGGCAGAGGCCAGGUCCUUGGGGAGCCUCUGUCCAGCCUAGCUCUUUCUGCCUCUUCCUGGUGUAAGCUGUUUGUCAGGAUUACCCUCAAGAUAAAGGGGAAGAAUAAAGAUGCUAAAUUGCAA